ACUUCAGUUUUAAACCUCAGCCGGAGUGAGUAUUGACUAAGUGAGUCGAGGGAGGAAAAGUUGCAACUAGAAGCAGCAACAGAUAAACUCAGGAAGCUGCAGAGAGAGAGAGAGAGAGAGAGAGGGGACUGAUGGAAAAGUAUGUGCGGAGGAGGUAGACACCUUGGGAGGAGGUUUUAUUUCCCACAGCUCCUCUCAGUUUCAGGAUUUCCCUCCCUGGACAUUGCUGCUGCUGCUGCUGCUGCUGCUCUAAGUGCCUUUUCUCCGGAGCCAUACUCUUCCAUAUCUGGAGCUGGAUUUGGACAAACAGUCAAGUGAACUGAAUCAUACGGGACAGCAACGCAGAACCCGAAGUUCAACUAUUUGCGGUUAAAUUAAGUCUGUUGCCAAAGGCGUUUGGUGGACCAGAGGAUUACUGACAGUUGUGAGAGAAAUGCAGCAGGAGUGAGCAGAAAAAGUGGUUUCUUGGCUGAUAUAAUCAUCACAAGUCCCAUAAGUAAAUGCCUGAUUAAUGGUUUUGAUCAUCUGGAAAGAACAGCCUUGUUUUAGCCAGUUUUCACUUUGCAUGAAAUUUAGUAUAUUGACUGACAGGUCUGUGUUAAAAGAUUAUCACAUCCUGAAUAAUGUGAGCAGAUGCCACUCGGACUAGAAAGACAGAUUGUCCUGCACUUGCAGAUAAAGAGUAUUUACAGCAUGUUUUUGCUCCAAAGCUGAGGUUUCAGAAAUCGCUUGUGUGGUCGGAUAUAAUGGGGUAAUUUACUAAUGUAAUGCUAAUGCUAUUUUGCCGUUUUUAUGGCAUGGAGGAUGAGAAGACUUUGAUAUUUCAGCUUCUGUUUUGUAUUUCAAUAAGUCAGCUGUAUUCACCUGGACUUUCUCCCACCUAAUGGGAGGAAAAUGAUGAAAAUGGACAGAGGCAAAUUCUUUGCUGUUCCCAAAAGACAUUUUCAUCUGAACCUAAGAUGUGAUUCAUGAGCGUAAACUAUGACGUGAGGACUGAUAAUAGCUGUUUGGAUUAAGAGGGUGAGCAGUAACUUUCGUCUUUGAGCUCCUGAGAGUGCAUGCAGAAGGAAAGUCUGGAAAGUGACUCUAAACGUCUCGUUUAAUGCACUGUAAUAAAUGACUUGUGACACAACCCCCAUUUUCCCUCAUGGGUCUAGAGAGGGAGGUUUUCCAUAUAUGUCGGCUUCCACAUAUUUUCCACUUCAGCAUCAGUGUUGACAUUAGAGCAGCCUUCAUCCAGCUCGCUGGCCAGGCUCUCAUGCUGUCUUUUGGGCCUGGCAACAAACCCAUGCAGUCACCCACCAACCAGACUGAUUUCUGAUCACCUCUGUUGAAAACACUCGCUGUUGACUUGCCUCGCCCAGCGUAACUCGGUCAGCCCAGGUUUCCUUUUCGUGUUUCUCCCUCCCGGGGCCAGGCCUUCUCGUGCUGGCUUGGCCCUCAGUGGGCCCCCCCUCAUCCUGAAGUCAUGGGGAUCCAGGGCAUGGAGCUGUUUGCCAUCGGCGUGGUCAUCAUCCUUUUCAUGGCAGUUCUCAAGCAGUUUGGCAUCUUGGAGCCCAUGUCCUCAUUUGAAGAUGACAGCAGCGACAGUGAUCUGGAGCUGUCGACGGUGCGUCACCAGCCAGAGGGGCUAGACCAGCUGCAGGCUCAGACCAAGUUCACCAGGAAGGAGCUUCAGUCUCUCUAUCGAGGCUUCAAGAAUGAGUGUCCCAGUGGGAUGGUUGAUGAGGAGACAUUCAAGACCAUCUAUUCUCAGUUCUUUCCCCAAGGAGAUGCAACCACCUACGCUCACUUCCUCUUCAACGCAUUUGACAUCGACAGAAACGGUUCAAUCCGCUUUGAGGACUUUGUCAUCGGCCUGUCGGUGUUGCUCAGAGGUUCAGUCACUGAGAAGCUCAACUGGGCCUUUAACCUGUACGACAUUAAUAAAGACGGCUACAUCACCAAAGAGGAGAUGCUGGCGAUUAUGAAGUCAAUCUAUGACAUGAUGGGGAGGUACACCUACCCCUGUGUGCGAGAUGAGGCACCCUAUGAACACGUGGACAAGUUCUUCCAGAAAAUGGAUAAAAACCGAGAUGGUGUAGUGACCAUUGAGGAGUUCAUUGAGACCUGUCAGAAGGACGAGAACAUCAUGAACUCCAUGCAGCUGUUUGAGAACGUGAUCUAAAGAAUCACGAUGCUCUCAGUUGUUGUCCUUAAUUCGCCCACGUGCACAACUCACACACAAAACACAGCACACACCCAUGCAAAUCAAACUCCACACUAACACAUGACGUCCAGACACAUAAAGUAGGUACUGUAAAGAUAAAGGAACUAAACUUUUUUUUUCUAUUUCUGGCCGCGCUACUUUAGCUGUAUCUUGCAACUGCUUGUGGAUUAAAAAGGACUGCUACAGACGGAAGAAGAGCUUCCUGGGUAAAAUUCCCCAUCUAUCCAGUUUUUUUUUUAGUUUUUUUUUAUCCUAAAUGAAGAAACAGAAGACCUUUUUUACCGUCAGACGAAAAGAACCAACAAGGAAUAAAGAAGCUUACUGUACAAAUAAUCCACCGACCUGAGCACACAAGGAUUCUAGUUUUAACACUAAUACACCUCAUCUCUCACACACAGUGUCUCUUUCACACACACAAACCUGUUCCCUCAAGGGGUUUUAGAGCACUGGAUGAAGUGAACUAACAGCAGCACAAAAAAAAAAUUUAAAAUCGCAGUGACACAAAAAAGAGAAAUGAACUAAAGCAUGUUUGUCAUCAAAUAUGUGAUGUGGAAUUAGCUUGCACUACAAUUUUAUGACUAUGUAUUAUAUGCGCCUGUAAUAAAGGCACUGUAGAUACCUGCACCCGAUACACCACUGGUGUAUGUAUAUAUGUAUAGUUAAUAGUUAUAUACCCUACGUCGUAUUGGUCUCAUCUGUGCUGCACUGGGUGAUGGAACAGGACCAGAACUGAAUAUUUGUUUUAGAAGUCUCUGUGUUAAUCAGUUUAACAUCAUGUUUAGUAGCAGUUCUUGACCAAAUUUAAAUGUUUUAUUCAAAUAUUUCUCCUUUUUUUUGUAUUUUGGAGAUUUAUGUUUUGCUGGUCCGAUUGGAAAACUGAGUAAGUAAGUUUGAAGAAACAAAAGGACUGUUAUUAGGUGUGUUCUUGCGCUGAAUUAAAGCUUUAUUGGUUCUUCAGUAUCUGCGAGCAUGCUGAAUCUUAAGUGCCACAGUAUUAUGUACAGUACAGUAGGACCUUUGUGAUGUCAGUUAA